AUGUACGACCCGGACAACAUGUACGACGCCAAGUCGGUGAACGGCAUGGUGCCGCAGCCGCCGAUGGACUUCAGCACGUUCGAGUCGCCCAUGGACUUCAACGCGAGCGGCGCGUCGUUCGACGACCAGGGCGGGCGCUUCGUGGCGGGCGAGCAGUUCUACAACCACGAGAUGUACGGCAGUCUGCGCAAGGGCGGCGCCGUGGACUUUUUGUCCAUGGAGUGUCUGGGCCUCGUGGCCGCCAUCUUCACGUCCAUGCUGUCGUACCAGGCGCUGGUCGUGCUGGUGCAGCCCAUGUACAACACGCAGCUUGGACUCAGCUCGACCGAGAUCGUGGCGGUGGAGCGCCUCAUCCAGAUGCCCAUGGCGCUGAGUUUCCUCGUCGGUCUGCUGUCCGACUGCUACCCGAUCAUGGGGCUGCGGCGCAAGGGCUACAUGAUCUUCGGCUGCAUCCUGAACGCCGUUGCGGUCUUUGCUAUCGCCGGCGUGAGCGCUUCACUUGGUGAUGACUCGACGGCGAGUAGCGGGAUGGUUAUCUUCGCGCUCGUGCUGGUGGCGCUGGCCAGCAUCGGCUGCAUCAUCACGUACGUCUGCGUGCACACGCGCGUGAUCGAGUACUCGCAGCGCGAGUCGCUCCGCGACCGCGGCGCCAUCCAGGCGUCGUACUUGAUCUUCCGCCGAUUCGUGUCCAUCUUCACGUCGGUUCUGUCGUUCCUGGCGCUGGGCACGGGCUCGGAGCCCAACAUGUCGGUGUCGGCGGCCAUGAUCGUGCUGGGCGUGCUCUCGAUCCUGCCGCUGCCGCUGGUCAUACGCUUCUGGAACGAGGAAGUGUACUCGCUCAACACGUCCAUGAAGAUCCGCAGCCAGAUCCUGUGGAAGAUCAUGCAGCAGAAGGCCGUUUGGCACGUCCUCGCCUUCAUCUGGUUCUUCACGCUGUUCCUCGGCAUCAAGUUCAGCGACUCGACGCGCGUCAUCAGCACGUGGGCGGGCGCCAGCGGCGACAACUCGCUGCUGGUCAAGACCAUCCAGGACGUCGUCAUGAUCGGCAUCAUGCUCGUGUGGCGCUACCUGUUCAUCAACCGGCUGUGGCCCAUCUUCUUCGCGCUCGCGCCGGCCUUCCAGAUCCUGCCCAACCUCUUCGUGUCGCUCAUGGUGGCGCUGGACGUGGCGCGCGACCGCUACUUCUACCGCGUCUUCUACUCGCUCACCUACGUCUCCGAUGGCAUCGGGUUGCUCAACACCAUUGUGCCCGUGACUGAGAUCGUCCAGGAGGGCUCAGAGGGCGCACUAGUAGGCCUGACCCUCACGCUGCAGCGCUGCGUCAACAUCUUCGUGGACACCAACGCCUACGGAGUGUUCCAGGGCUCCAACUACUACGACACGGCAGCUGUGGCCGCUGAUACAUCGGACGCCCGCUGGGACGUGCUGCUGUCGCUGUUCCUCAACUUUGCACUCAAUGCACUGGCGUGGGUGGGGCUCUUCUUCCUGCCCUCACAGAAGCUGGACGCCCAGCAGCUACGCAUGUACGGCGGCUUCACCAAGUUCGGGGGCUUCGGCAUCCUCGCCUUCUGCCUCGUGCUUUUCAUCUACUCCUUCGUGGUGACCCCCAUGGCGUUAAUACCGUCCACCUCGUGCCUGACCAUCGUCGGUGGCUCCGGCUGCUAG